AUGGCUGAACGAGAUAUUUUCGUUAAGCUGCCGGAGUUUUGGGAGCAUGCCGCGGAGGCAUGGUUUGCACACGUGGAGGCUCACUUCGCUUGCAAGCAUCUCCACGACGAAGAGCUGAGAUAUUACCACGUGGUGGCUUCGCUGGGGGUUUCUACUUCAGCCAGCUUAGUGGGUUUCAUCGCAGCACCCCCACGCCUCGGCAAAUACGAGGCUAUCAAGGCUCUUCUCCUGAAGACAUUUGGUUUAUCGACGAGAGAAAGAGCCCGCCAAAUUAUGGACAUUCAGGGCCUCGGAGAUGGCAAGCCAUCUCAGUUAAUGGAGAAGAUGCUAAGCCUGCUAGGAGGGGAAGAUACCCAGAUUUUGUUCAUGGAGAUGUUUCUUCAACACUUACCUCCCCGGGUCCAGACGGCGUUGGCCAACACACCCAUCACGGAGCCCCGCGCGCUGGCCGGAGAAGCGGACCGGCAAGAAAGCAUGGCGGAGGCCGGACACGGCGGCGCCGAGUCGGCCAAGAGAUACCGUAUCAGCUGCCUUACGGACGGUAACUGGGUCGACAAGCUGCCCUGGGUAUUGUUGGGCCUGAGGACCGCGCCUAAGGAGGAUCUGCAGUGCUCCACGGCGGAGAUGGUUUACGGUCAACCCCUGAGAGUCCCAGGGGAAUUCCUACCCAAGGCAGCAGUUCCUUGGUCUCCUACGGCUCAACGGGUUUUCCUGCAAGAUGCGGCGGAGGCUUUCGUUCCGGUUCGCUCGGCUGGGCACGUUUUCAUCCGCCACGACGCGCACAGGGGCCCCCUACAGCCCCCUUACGAUGGGCCUUUCCGGGUUUUGGAGCAGGGGGACAAGCACCUGGUGGUCGACAUGGGUGGCAAGGCGGAGACCGUCUCGGUGGACCGGGUGAAGGCUGCUCAUUGGACUUGGAGCAGCCGGUGGUCUGACGGCUGGAACCCGUCCCUAGGCAGGCGCCCAGGUGGCAUCCGUAAUAGGGACACCAGCCACCUGCGGAAGAACCCCUCUCGGCGCUUGUACCCGCGUUUGUCGCCACAGACUAUUGUCUCCUAG